AAAUCUAUUUUCAAAACGUUUAUAAAUGCCCCAACCUUUUUCACCUCUUUCUCGGGAAUAUCGGUGGCAUCAAUAGAUCCGAAUCCAUGGCGAAACUCAAACCGAGUUUCUGGGUUAGCAGCAGCAUCCUCCUCUUCUCAAUCACUCUUCUUUCAAUCCAUUUCAAAGGCUCACUCGGAUCCGUAUCAACUAACGAAGCUUACGUCACACUCUUAUACGGAGAUGAGUUCUUAUUAGGAGUUAGGGUAUUGGGGAAAUCGAUUAGAGACACUGGAUCUCACAAGGAUAUGGUCGUUUUAGUCUCUGAUGGUGUCUCUGACUACUCUAACAAGCUGCUUAUGGCUGAUGGGUGGAAAGUAGAGAAGAUUAGUUUACUAGCAAACCCAAACCAAGUUCACCCAAAGAGAUUCUGGGGUGUUUACACAAAGCUUAAAAUAUUCAACAUGACUGAUUACAAGAAAGUUGUGUAUCUGGAUGCUGAUACUAUUGUGGUAAAGAACAUUGAUGAUCUGUUCAAGUGCUCUAAGUUUUGCGCUAACUUGAAGCAUUCUGAGAGGUUGAACUCUGGAGUUAUGGUCGUUGAGCCUUCUGCAGCUUUGUUUGAUGAUAUGGUGAAGCAAGUGAAGACCUUGUCGUCUUAUACUGGGGGAGAUCAAGGGUUUUUGAACUCGUAUUAUCCUGAUUUUCCUAAUGCUCGUGUUUUUGAUCCUAGUUUGUCUCCUGAAGUUGUGAAAACUAUACCAGUUCCUAAAAUGGAGAGGCUUUCUACGUUGUAUAAUGCUGAUGUUGGUCUUUAUAUGCUUGCUAACAAGUGGAUGGUUGAUGACAGCAAACUUCAUAUUAUUCACUACACUUUGGGGCCUCUUAAGCCUUGGGACUGGUGGACAGCAUGGCUUGUGAAACCUGUUGAGGCGUGGCAUAGCAUUAGGGUAGGGCUUGAGGAGACUCUUCCUGGAACUGGAGGUGGAAAGACACCAAAUGAUGAAUUCAUUGUCAAGUUCCUUUUCUUGUUACCACUUUGUGGUUUUUUGUUCUGCAUUUAUCGUUCCGUACAGGGACGUGACUUGUUGGGUUCAUUGUGCAGGAGCUCUGUAUGUAAUCAGAUCAGACAUCUUUAUUACAAAAUCAGAUCUAAUGGAACACUUGGUUAUAGUGGUGUGUCAACAUUGUCUACCAUGAACCCCAACUAUCAACUUCACGCUGGCUCGCACUCCAAGGUUCCUCAAUACUUGGGGGCAUUUUCAGUUGUAGUCUGCUUCAUGGCUAUUUUGACAUCCAUUGGAGUUUCCUUUAUGAUUGUGCCAAGGCAAAUCAUGCCAUGGACUGGCUUGAUUUUGAUGUUUGAGUGGACUUUUACAAUCUUCUUCCUAUUAUAUGGUGGCUUCCUACUUCUAGUGUACCAAUAUGGCAAGAAAGUAGCAGUUCAAUCAGGAUCUCCUUCAUUGCAAACAGAAUCAUCGUUGGAUGAUUCAGGAAAAGGUCAUCAGCGGGCAGAUACGUCUUGUGACUUCACUACAUGGUAUUAUGGAUUAGGAAUGGUGUUUUUGGCUUUUGUUGCCAUCUCUUUACCCUACAUGUUAGGGGUCACCGCUUUAUUUUUGAGGUUGGGUUUGAUGAUAGCAGUAGCAAUGGUUCUAGUUUCGUUCAUGACUUAUGCUUCAGAGCACCUCGCAGUAAGAUGGUUCCUCAAAGGUCUAGAAGACCGUGACACGACGAGAACAAAGUCAAUAUGCUUCCUCUGCUGACAUUCAAAAGUGUGUCCCAAUGUAACUCACAACACCACUUAUGUAUUGAUUUCUUUAUUCUGUUAGAACAGCUCUUGAGUUUUUGUACUUUCUUGUGUUUAUUAUAUCAUUCUUCUUUACAAAUCAUUUUGGUCACACGACGAGAAAAAACGUAAAUAAGUUAGUUAACCA